UCUUCCAGCAUGGCUGCCAACUCUGAAACCUGGAAAGCCUACGUUACAGUUUACAUGCUCACUGUGCUAAUCGGCUUUCCCACCAACCUGUUGGCUCUGUAUGCUUUCAUCCAGAAGAUCAGAGUCAAGGCCACGCCCAACUGCAUCCUCCUCCUCAACCUGACCAUUUCCGAUCUCUGCUUCCUGGUUUUCCUCCUCUUCAAGAUGGCAGAGCAGAUCGCAGGCCUCUGGGACUUUCCCUUUUACCUGUGCCCCUUUAGUGGCCUUGUCUACUUCAGCAUCAUUUACACUAGCACACUCUUCCUCACUGCAGUAAGCGUGGAGCGCUACUUGGCUGUAGCUUAUCCCAUCCGUUACAAGCUGAAGCGUCAUGCAGUCCAUGCCCUCAUUGCGAGCCUAAGUAUUUGGAUCUGCUCUUUUGGCCACUGCAGUAUUGUGUAUAUCACCGAGUACAACCGGGACAACUAUUCCAGUCCAAGUAACGUCUGUUAUGACAAUUUCACAGAGAAGCAACUCCAGGUCCUUCUCCCUGUUCGCCUGGAGCUCAGCAUUGCACUUUUUCUGGUGCCGUUCCUGAUCACCUGCUUCUGCUAUUUUGGCUUUAUAAGAAUAGUGGUCUCUUCGCCACACAUUUGCAGGAGCAAAAAGCAGCGAGCCGUGGCGUUGGUGGCAGCCACUUUUGCAGUCUUCAUCAUCUGUUUUACACCCUACAACAUCUCCCAUGUGAUGGGUUUUAUGCAGGGCAAAAGUCCCAAGUGGAGGAUCAAAGCUUCGCUUCUUGGCACCUUCAGUGCCUGCUUGGACCCUAUCAUCUUUUAUUUUUCUUCUUCCGCCGUGAAGCGUUCAUGCUGUAGAUUCUGGACCAGAAUAAAACACAUUUUUGUACCAUGGGAAGGAAAGGAAGACAGAAGCAACACCAAGAUGCAAGUCAAAGUUGUGGCUCUUUUUCUGGCUAUCUGCCUCCUCACUUUCGAAGGCACCACAGCUAGACCUGGGAGUGUGGACAGUUUUGACAACAACAAUGUAGGAUCUAACAGUUUCAAUGAUAAUGGAAAUGGUGGGAGCUUUGAUAACAAUAAGGCUGGUGACAACAGCUUCAAUGACAAUGGGCGUCCUCAACAGCAGCCUGUCAAAAUGGGCAAGAGUGAAAACCGGAAUUUGGAUGAGCAAGUGAAGAGCAAUAUUUGGCCAUCUAUCCCAUUUGGCCAAAGAUGA